GGUAACAAUGUUCGUGUUCAGAAAAAGGCCCAAUAAGAGGUGGGAAGCCCAGGCACGGCGGCUCCAUAAAUAGGUCUCGUAUGAAAAAGCGCACACACUAUCCUCGUCCACUGUUCUCUGCCAAGAUUCCAUUCAAAGUACACAACAACAAACACAGACUCCUACAACACUCCUUCUUCUUGAAGCUUCAAGGAGAAGGAACCCACACUGAUGUCGUCUCUAGAAGGACACACGGAAGACGAGGAACAAAUUCGUCAGAGAAAGCUCGAGGAAGCCCUUGAAAUCAAAUCCCUAAGGCGUAUCGUUAGCGCUUACCUCAACUAUCCAGAGGCUGCAGAUGAGGAUGUCAGACGAUACGAAAGAUCAUUUAAGAAGCUUCCACCUCCACAACAGGCUUUGUUAUCCCAUUAUCCUUUGAAGUUUCAAGAAUUGAGACGGUGUAUUUCUGCAAAUUCAUAUUUCAUAUUUACUAUGCUUCAGGCAUUUGAACCCCCACUUGAUAUGAGCCAGGACAUAGAUGAUUGUGAAAACCCUCCUCAUGAAGAUGACCCAAAUAAUCAGGGCUUCUGUGAAAAGAGGGAUGUUUGCUGUAGUCAUUCUACUUCUACAAGUGGCAGAACUUGUUUCUCUCAAUCAAGUAAAGCCUGUUGUGAGGAAGGGAACAAUUUAUGCAACUCACAAGAAGGAGACAUUGGCAUUAAGGAGGUUCAAAAUGAAGGUUGCAGUGGAUCCUGUACUGUAAGGACUCCAGGCUUGGAAUGUGACAAAGAGUUAAAAAAUUGCUGUGGAAAUGAUGCCAUGGAUUCAAAUGGAAAUGCAUCUUUAUCGAACCAGGAGUGGUUGGACCCAUCUUUGCAGUUUGAUGUCCCUUUAGUUGAUGUUGACAAGGUUCGCUGUAUUAUAAGGAAUAUUGUUAGAGAUUGGGCGGAAGAGGGACAGAAAGAACGAGAUCAGUGCUACAAGCCUGUCCUUGAAGAGCUUGAUAUCCUAUUCCCUAACCGUUCUAAGGAAAGCCCUCCUGCCUGUUUAGUUCCUGGUGCUGGACUUGGACGACUAGCUUUAGAGAUCUCUCGCCUAGGUUUCAUAAGCCAGGGAAAUGAAUUUUCGUACUACAUGAUGAUAUGCUCGAGUUUUAUUCUUAAUAAUACUGAAGAUGCAGGAGAGUGGAAAAUUUACCCUUGGAUUCACAGCAAUUGUAAUUCACUCUCAGACAGCGAUCAACUUCGUCCUGUGUCAAUACCAGAUAUCCACCCAGCUAGUGCUGGGCUUACUGAAGGCUUUUCCAUGUGUGGUGGUGACUUUGUUGAAGUAUACAAUGAUCCAAGUCAAGUUGGUAUCUGGGAUGUGGUUGUGACUUGUUUUUUUAUCGAUACCGCGCACAACAUUGUUGAAUACAUUGAAAUCAUCUCUAAAAUCCUGAAAGACGGCGGAAUUUGGAUAAAUUUAGGCCCCCUACUGUAUCACUUCGCAGAUAUGUAUGGUCAAGAAGAUGAAAUGUCCAUUGAACUGAGUUUGGAAGAUGUGAAGAAGGUUGCUUUGCAUUAUGGAUUCAAUUUUGAGAAGGAAAAAACGAUAGAGACAACCUACACAACAAAUUCCAGGUCAAUGAUGCAAGUAAGCUUUACUUUUUCUUAUCUACUAACCACAGAAAAAUUUAUAAGAAUGUUUAUAAUAUAUUACCUCACACACCAGAACAGGUUCUAGAUUUGUAACUUAGGAUUGCAAUCUUAUCUAGUCGAUGGCAUCCGGGAUGCAACAAAUCUUUGAAUUGAGGAUGCAGCAGUCAAUUUCAGUUCAAUAUUUUCAAAACAUAGGUUAUAGUGUGUGAAGUGCUUCUCUUUUUCAUCCAUUCAUUCAUGUAUUUACUUACACAUGUAUGAAACAAACUUUAGUGAAUCCUAAACAUGAUGAGAUGACUUACGAAAAGAUAGUUUACAUUUUUUUCUUUUCAUUCCUCUACCAACGUUAUUCCUCUUAUAUUCAUUACAGAGAUUAGUGAACACUCCCUGGAUACUGUAUGUAAAUGAAAGUUUUAGGUUUAAUUAUAUUGGCAAUGAGCAUGUGGUACUAGGUAUUUGAUAAACGAAGUCAUUGGUCCUCAUGGAAGUAUAUGAUUCUUCGUUACUCCAGGCUAUUUAAUGGCUGUUAUUUUCUUUGCAGAAUCGGUACUUUGCAGCAUUUUGGACAGCGAGAAAGAAAUCUGCAAUGGCAGAAGAACAUGCGCCUGAAUAAGUUAUUGUCAAUCCUCACAUGGCUUUAUUCCAUAUUAUUCUCAGGAUCUUACAUAAAUAUAGUGUAUGAUCCACAUAUUGUGAUACUAAAAAAGGUUAUUCAUUUGUAGUAUGGGUUUUUAAACGACGGAAAAGAAAGUGACAUGCCAAGUUUAUUUAUUUAUUUAUUUAUAUGUGGAUACUAUGAAAGCAUUUAUUAUUUUUGUUGUUUCCAUCAAAUACAUUUGCAGAGAUACAUAAAGAUAUUUUUGACA